CCAGACUUAAACAUCCUAGACAAUCCUUACCUCACAACCCGACCUUCUCUUCACUAAUUUCACAUCACCAACCAAGCACAACCCACCAUGGAACAAGCAGCUCUGCGGUCCUGGGACCUCGAAAACGCAACCACCCUAAUCGACCCGCACCGCGACACACUCUACGCCUACUCAGAAGAAACGCACCGGACGCUCUCGGCGCAACGCCCGUGGUCCAAAGACCCCCACUACUUCAAGACCGUCCGAAUCUCGGCCCUCGCCCUCCUAAAGAUGGUCAUGCACGCGCGGUCGGGCGGCUCGCUCGAGGUCAUGGGCCUGAUGCAGGGGUACAUCCUGCCGGAAACCUUCGUGGUGACGGACGCGUACCGGCUGCCGGUGGAGGGGACGGAGACGCGGGUGAACGCGCAGGAGGAGGCGAACGAGUACAUGGUGUCGUACCUGCAGUCGUGCCGGGACGCGGGCCGCAUGGAGAACGCCGUGGGGUGGUACCACAGCCACCCGGGCUACGGGUGCUGGCUGUCCGGGAUCGAUGUCACGACGCAGGACAUGCAGCAGCUGGGGGGCCCCUUCGUGGCGGUGGUGAUCGAUCCCGAGCGCACGAUCUCGGCCGGCAAGGUCGAUAUCGGGGCGUUUCGGACAUUCCCCAAGGAUUAUGUGCCGCCGAAGGGCGGGGAGCAGCAUUUGGGCGGCGGGGAGGAGGAUGGGGAGGAUACAGCCCCUAAUGGUGGUGGUGGGGCCGGGUAUCAGUCGGUGCCGUUGAGUAAGGCCGAGGAUUUCGGCGCCCAUGCCUCCCAUUACUACUCGCUCGAGGUCGAGAUCUUCAAGAGUACCCUCGAUGCCCAGAUCCUCGACCUGCUGUGGAAUAAGUACUGGGUCGCCACCCUCAGUCAGAACCCGCUCUUCGCCUCCCAGGACUACGGCAGUAAGCAGAUCAUGGAUCUCAGCCAGAAGGUCCGGCGCGCCACCCGCGGCAUGGAGGGCAAUGUGUCCCGAGGCAAUGUGACCCAGGUCCGGGAUCCCCAGCUGGACCGCAUCGCUCGGGACGGCCAGCGGAUUGCGUCGGAGGAGGUCAAAGGGCUGCUCGCCGCGGAGGUGAAGAGGAAGCUCUUCCAAAACAUCGGACAGGGAGAUGCGACAGAUGCAGCGCCGCAGCCCAGAUGAUCUAGACAAGCUUUGUAUUCAGUAAUGAGGAAGAGUGAAGCUACCUGGGCGGGAUUGACCUCUGCACUACGUUCAUUGCGCAACUAUGUUAGCAAGGAGCUGAUUCUUGAGCCCUGACGGGUGAGCGCCAUUGAUAUGGUCUAUACACUAAAGUAUGAGGUGUAUCCUCGGUAGUAGAACAAAUAAGUACAGGUGACAAUCAUAGAAAGGUAAAAUCACAGUUGGAACCACGUUCCAACAAAGAUCACAUGCCUGUGCAACAUGUGUCAUGACAUAUUAUUCAUCAAUCCGAACAAUGAGUAAGACCCUUCGGGGGAAGACGAUCAACACCAGGUGAGAGAUCACAGGAUCGUCGGUAUGCGUACAAGAAGC